UGAUUGAAUGCUUAAUCAUGAGAAAUCAUCGAAGUUAGUUCCGGAAUGAAAAGCUGGGGUUUUAGAUGCAGCAUGCUUUCCAUUUUGAAGGGUUCUUGCCUUGACUGUGUUGAAUAUCAGAAGUUGAAGCCAAAUUAACAUUAGAAGGGGGUGAUGGAAGAGGCUUUGUUGCUGAAAAAUGGAGAUAGGAAGUUGGUGCCGAUCGCACCGAAGGCGUUUGUGGAAGAGCUGAAGAAGGUGACCGCCAUAGCAGCGCCGAUGGUGGUGGUGACAAUGUCGCAGUACCUCUUGCAUGUCCCACCCAUGUUAAUGGUGGGACACAUUAGUGAACUUUCCCUCUCCAGUGUGGCAAUUGCCACCUCCACCAACAUUACCGGCUACAGUGCCCUGUUUGGGAUGGCAGGUGCAUUGGAAACCCAGUGUGGGCAAGCUUAUGGAGCAGAGCAGUAUUGAAAGCUUGGAACUUAUACUUAUGGAGCAAUAUUGUCCCUCAUUCUGUGUUCUUUGUCAAGGGAUGUUUUCCUGAGCAUUGGGGAGUUCUUCAGCUACGCUCUUCCUUCUGCCGGAAUGGUUUGUCUUGAAUGGUGGUCAUUUGAACUACUCCAAUUGUUGUCCGGGCUUCUACCAAACCCAGAACUCGAAUCUUCCGUGCUUUCAAUCUGCCUUACAACUACUUCACUGCACUCCCUCAUACCAUAUUCUAUCGGUGCGGCUGCAAGCACUCGGAUUUCAAAUGAAUUAGGAGCUGGGAAUUCACGGGCAGCUCAACUGAGUGUCUGCGCUGUGAUGGUUCUUGCAGUUGCAAAGGCAAUUAUGGUAAGCGCGGCUCUCUUUUGCUGCCGCUUCAUUCUAGGAUAUGCAUAUAGUGGUGAGAAAGAUGUCGUGGAUUAUGUCAGAGAAAUGUCUCCUCUUCUCUGUCUCUCCAUCAUCAUGGACAGCUUAAUGGCAAUACUAUCUGGGAUUGCCAGAGGAAGUGGGUGGCAGCAUAUUGGCACCUAUGUCAAUUUUGGGGCAUAGUAUCUGGUUGGAAUUCCAUUGGCUAUUGUAUUGGGUUUUCAAAAUCUAAGAGGCGAGGGGAUUUGGAGCGGAAUUGUGACAGGAACAAUACUGCAAGUCAUUUUGCUUACUUCUACAACAUGUCUUACUAGUUGGCAAGAACAGGUUUGUAUUUGAAAUCCUCUCUGUGAUAAGUGGCUGCUGUAAGGUGCCCGCGUUUUUUACU